CCAAAACCCUAGUCCCUUGUCACACCUCCUCUUCAUUGAGGUUUUACAAAGAACAACGACGAGAAGAUGACGGAGAACAAAAGGGUUUUUUCAGGGACUGACUUUUCCGACAACGAUGAAGAUAGUUUGUCCGGGUCUUUACAUUCCGAUGAUUUUGAUUCCGACGUUUACGACUCUGAGGCUGAGGCGUCUUCGUUGAGAGAGACAGAAUCCGCAGAUGAAGAAUCCUCCGGUGACGAGGUACAUGUGCCUGUGCAGGAUGCUGUUGAUACAGACAAUGUGACAGAUGAUAAUGAGGAUGGAGAUGGUGUCAAGGGCGAUGACUUGGACAGUGACCAUGGCGAGGAAGGUGAGAGUGAAGGCUCUGAGCCUGAUCAACCGCCGGAGGAAGAGAGCGAUUCUUCUGAAGACGAGGUUGCCCCAAGGAAUACAAUCGGAGACGUUCCCCUGGAGUGGUAUAGGGAUGAGAAGCAUGUUGGAUAUGACUUCACGGGGAAGAAAAUAACUAAGAAAGAAAGACAAGACAAACUCGAUUCCUUUCUUGCAAGUGUGGAUGAUUCAAAGAACUGGCGCAAAAUUUAUGAUGAAUAUAACGAUGAGGAAGUUGAGCUUACUAAAGAAGAGACCAAGCUUAUUCGUAGAAUGCUCAAAGGGGAGGCGCCACAUGCUGACUUUGAUCCAUAUGCGCCUUAUGUUGAUUGGUUCAAAUGGGACGAUGCGAAACAUCCACUGUCAAGUGCGCCAGAACCGAAGAGGAGAUUCCUUCCUUCCAAAUGGGAAGCCAAAAAGGUUGUUAAGUAUGUUCGAGCAAUCCGACAGGGCUUAAUAAAGUUUGACAAGCCGGAAGAAGAGCCCAAUGUCUACCUCUUAUGGGGUGACGAUUCUAGAUCCGAUGAAAAGAGCAAACAUCUAUCUUAUAUUCCUCCACCGAAGCUGAAAUUGCCAGGGCACGAAGAAUCAUACAACCCUUCAUUGGAGUACAUUCCUACGGAGGAAGAAAAGGCCUCCUAUGACUUGAUGGAUGAGGAAGAUCGCCCAAAAUUUAUUCCCAAGAGGUUUACAUCUCUCAGAAGCAUCCCAGCAUAUGAGAAUGCACUGAAGGAGUCGUUUGAGCGUUGUUUGGAUCUAUACCUGUGUCCAAGAGUUCGAAAGAAGCGGAUAAAUAUUGAUCCUGAGUCUUUGAAGCCCAAGCUACCUAGUAGAAAGGAUCUUAGGCCUUACCCUGUUACCUGCUAUCUUGAGUAUAGGGGUCAUACUGGCGCAGUUACAUCUAUAUCUACUGAUUCUUCGGGGCAGUGGAUAGCUUCAGGUUCAACUGAUGGCUCGGUUCGUGUAUGGGAGGUGGAGACUGGUAGAUGUCUUAAGAUUUGGGAGUUUGGUGAGGCUGUUCAGCGUGUAGCUUGGAACCCUCUUCCAGAACUUCCGAUUUUGGCCGUCUCCAUGGGCCCUGAUUUAGUUAUUCUGGACACUGGGCUUGGGAAUGAUGAGGACCAGAAAAAGAUUAAAGAGUUGCUGCUCUUGGAAAAGCCUUCAUCAGCACCAGACGAUAAUGACAACAUGGCAUCGAUUGUGAGCUGGUUUCCGGAGGACAAAUAUGGAGGGAUCAGGCUAAGACAUUUCAAGAACGUAUCCUAUGUUGAAUGGCAUCGGAAAGGAGACUAUCUCUCAGCAGUUAUGCCUGCAGGUGAAACUAGAGGGAUUGUCGUGCACCAGCUUUCCAAGAAGCUUACGCAAAAGAUACCGUUUAAACUGCAUGGACUUCCUGUGUCUACCCUUUUCCAUCCGAGGCUUUCCAUCUUCUUCAUCGCAACAAAGAAGAAUGUCCGUGUCUAUGAUCUGCUGAAGAAGAGGCUCAUCAAAAAGCUCGAGACCGGAUUGCGGGAAGUCUCAUCCAUGUCCAUUCACCCCUCUGGUGAUAAUCUUAUUGUGGGUAGUAAAGAGGGAAAGAUAUGCUGGUUUGACAUGGACCUGUCAACUAGACCAUACAAGACUCUAAAGAAUCAUCCGAAAGACAUCACCAACGUGGCAUUCCAUCGGUCGUACCCGUUAUUUGCAUCGUGCUCGGAUGAUUGCACAGCCUAUGUCUUCCAUGGUAUGGUUUACAAUGAUCUGAACCAGAACCCUCUGAUAGUACCCCUGGAAAUUCUUCGAGGUCAUACUGCCUCAAAUGGACGAGGAGUGUUGGACUGCAAGUUCCACCCGAGACAGCCAUGGCUAUUUACAGCGGGAGCCGACUCGACCAUCAAACUUUACUGCCACUGAGUUCAUUAGCAAACACUUGUGGGUUCACAGCCUCAAGAUGGUGAACGAACUGGCCUAUAUCUCAUUAUCCAUUUUUGUGCUUUGUAUUUGGUCCAUUUUUCAUGCCCUUGUGAGAUUUGCCAUAAAAUAGAUUAUUCAUUCCAAUCGUCGCCCCGUUUUGGUGUUUCAUUUUUUGUAUCCUGAGUGACUUGACCCCUACAAUAUCUGCUUUUUGGAGUAAGAAAUCAUUAAGAUUACGCUGAAAA